CGAGUUUCUGUGCUCUGUGCUCUGCUCUGCUCUAUCCUGCCUUCCUCUCCUGCGCGAUGACGACCCCUCCAACUCAACUCUCGGUCGCGGCGGCCGCCCGUGCGGACUGGCGGGCCAUUGCCAUCUGUCUGUUCAUCACCGUCGCUGCCUUCCAGUUCGGGUUCGACUCGUCCUAUUAUUCCGGAAUCCUGGUCAUGGAGCCCUUCAUCAAGGCUUAUGGGCAUUACGAUAGCGCGACGGGCGGUUACAUCCUGAGCGCCAGCAUCCAGUCUCUCACCACCAGCAUCAUCAACGUCGGAGAGCUCGUCGGGGCCGUAUCGUCCUACCUCGUAGACGAUAGAAUCGGUCGCCGUGGAGGCUUGUUCGUCUCCAGCGCGUUCGUGGUGGUCGGUGUGAUCUUCCAAGUCGCGGCCGACAAUUUGGCCCUGUUGAUUGUCGGGCGACUGCUGCUCGGAUACGCCGUGGGGUUGAUCUCUUGCCUGGUCCCUCUAUAUGUCGCCGACUGCGCGCCGUCCCGGUUCCGGGGCGCCCUGGUGUCGCUGUACCAGUUCGAUGUCGGCCUGGGGCUGUUGCUCGGCGUCAUUGUGGACAACGCGACCAAGGGUCGGGGGGACAGCGGCGCGUAUCGUAUCCCCAUGGCAGUCCAACUGGUCUUCCCGAUCAUCCUGGUCCCGGGUCUGAUCCUGUUCGCCCCGGAAUCGCCUCGCUGGCUGUUGACCAAAGGGAGGACGGAGGAAGCCCGGGCAGCCCUGCGGCGCCUGCAUGGCAAUCGGCCCGACGUCAUCGAAAGUGAGGUUCUCUACAUCCUGGAAACCAUCCAGGACGACCAGCACACCGAGAGUUCCUGGCGAGACCUGUUGAAAUGGGACGUCGACGGUCGCAAGACCUACCUGGGGAUGGCGAUCCAAGCUUGGCAACAAGCCUCCGGGAUUAACUUCAUCACCAGUUACGGCAUCGUCUUCUUCACGGCCAUUGGGAUGACGAAUACCUUCCUGAUCCAGAUGGGCUUGUACCUGGUGCCCAUGCCGGCCGUAUGGCUCAACCAAUACUGCGUGGAGCGCUUUGGCCGUCGGCCCAUGCUUCUGCUCUCAUGCUGCAUGGUGUGCGCGGUGCUGCUGGUGGUCGGCGGCGCUGGCACGGCCACCCACAAGACGAUGGCCCUGGACCGGACGAUCGUGGUGAUGGUCUACAUCUUCAUGAUCGUGUACAACCUUGCCUUAGGCCCGGCCGUCUGGGUGGUCACAUCCGAGAUCUCGACGGGCCCGAAUCGUAGCAAGCUGAUGGCGACAUCGACCGGUGCCAACUGGUUCUGCAGCUGGCUGGUUACCUUCACCUUCCCCUAUCUCUUCGACAGCGCCGACGGCGCCGGCCUCAGUGCCCGCGUCGGAUUCAUCUAUGGCUGUCUCAUGGCGGCGGCGGCUGUCUGGAUCUUCUUCUUCCUUCCUGAGACGUCUGGCCGGACCCUGGAGGAGAUCCAGGUCCUGUUCCAGAACCAGGUGCCGGCUCGCAAGUUCAAGGGGUAUCAAAUCUCCGACAUCUCGGGACCCGCAGCCUUGGAGGAGAAGAAGGAAGCUCAUGCUACUGAAGUGGAACAGGUUUAGAGGGGCAAUGGCUACUAUUUCGAGGGCCAUGCCACCACUGUCAAUGUAACCACGGCUUAGCAGGCCCAAUAAAUGACAAGGUUUCAGGUACUUGUACCGGCUCG